CGGGGACGCGUUAUGCAAAUAUCUUUAAAUAACUCUGACGACGGGGCGGUGUUUCCUCCCUUUCUCUCAGCUGCGUGUCUCGGUGGUCUUCCAAACCGACGGCCCUGAGCGACGGAGGGAGGAGAAAGAUCGGUGGGUUAUUCAUCUCCAUUUGAACUGAGCAAUCCCUCAUCACAGUCACCAUGAAUGAGAAAGCUAAUGUUUCUAAGGAGCUAAACGCUAAACACAGAAAGAUUCUAGAAGGACUUCUUAAGUUGCCUGAGAACAGAGAAUGUGCAGAUUGCAAAGUAAAAGGUCCACGAUGGGCUAGCGUGAAUUUAGGAAUCUUUAUAUGCAUGCAAUGCUCAGGGAUCCACAGAAGUCUUGGAGUGCAUAUAUCAAAGGUUAGAUCAGCCACACUUGAUACAUGGCUUCCAGAACAAGUUGCAUUUAUUCACUCAAUGGGAAACGAGAAGGCAAAUUGUUACUGGGAAGCAGAACUACCUCCAAAUUAUGAUAGAGUUGGAAUUGAGAAUUUCAUUCGUGCAAAAUAUGAAGAGAAGAGAUGGGUUCCGAAGGAUGGGAAACAAGCAUCACCAUGGGUACAAUCUAGUGAUAGAAGUGGGUAUGGACAUGCAAACAGCUCUGGUAAUUUAUCCAAUGAAAAGAAAAAUGUCCAGUCACCAGGCAUGAAGCAUAAAACUCCAAAUGCUAGAGUUAGUAUACCAGUGCCACCUAAAGGACAAGACAAUGCAGCUCCUCAAUUGACACCUCAAGAAAAUCAGAAAGCAGAGCUAGUGGCAGCAGCUGAACCUGCAAAACAGAUUGCAGAACCUGCCAUUACCCUUAAAGUUGAUUUCGCCACUGAUCUAUUCAACAUGCUUUCAACGGAUGACCCAGUUGAAAAUGGCUCAGAGGCAGUUGCUUCAGAUGAUAAUAUGUGGGCAGGUUUUCAGUCUGCUGGAGCAUUGAAAACGUCCGUAGAAACAGGGACAACGACAUCUGAAGAAAUCAAGCCGCCAUUUCCGUCCGGUGUUGAAGAUUUAUUUAAGGAUUCACUACCAACUGCGCCUGUCACCUUGUCAGAGAAGCCUCAAAAAGAUGUUAAGAAUGACAUUAUGAGCCUUUUUGACAAGUCCAAUAUGGUCUCGCCGUUUGCAAUGCAUCAACAGCACCUUGUUAUGUUGGCACAACAACAGUCUCUUUUAAUGGCGGCUGCUACAAAUCCAGCUGAGGGUGCGCUAAAAGCACAAGUGCCAACUGGCACCAACCACUUAUCAGACCAAGGCUGGCAGAAUCUUGGCUACCACCAGUUUCCAGGGAUAAUGGCCCCCACAGCUGUAAAGAAUGAACUAGGGAAGUAUUUGCAGGUGGGCACUACGGCUACUCCAGAUUUAGCAGGGAACUCGGUUCCAUUUUCAACUACCAGUGUCUACACCGCAGGACAGUCUUUUUCCACCAAUGGUGUAGUCACACAUGGAGUAACCAAGGCGGUGGAGGCCCCAGUUUCUUCCAUUGCUACACUGGCCGCUAAAGAUUAUGACUUUUCCUCUUUGACGCAAGGAAUGCUUUCAAAACGCUGAAAACAACCCUCCAGGUGGAAAUGUAUGAUCCUACAAUUUUAGUCAUAAUAUUAUUAUUAAAUAUGCAAUGGUCAUUCAUAGAAAAGAUUACAUCUCAGACCAUAAAACUAUUUUGUAGCAAUGCUGGAUAUUUUCUCUGUUAAUUUUUGGCUAUGUUUCCACUUCACUAUAAAAAGUGUGUAAUUUUUACAUUUUGAACAACCACGUACAUUAUUCGGAGUACAUUGCCGUAGGAACGUGAAAAGAAAGCUGUCUGUGUACUGCAACAUUGAAAGAUGGAGUCAUGGAGAACACUAUCAUAUGCAGCAGCUGGCUGGCAAUACUCUUGGUAUUCUCAGCGCUGAGAUCUGCAGAUCAAAUUGAUUGUAGAGUUAACAUGCUUUGAUUUUCUUGAAAGGAUAAGUCAGUCUUUGCGUCCUGUGUCUAUACCCGUAUUUGAUUUCACAUAUCAUGUUUUAUUAUCUUUGAGUAUGCACCCCCGGAAUGCCUCAGAUGUAGGCCAAUCCUAUUAUAGAGUUUGCACUCUCAAGUGUUUACAUUGGGUGUUUAUCGAGCAUGUGUGCAAAAUAUGAGUAAGCUAAUUGUGAUUCUUCUAGGGUGAAUUAAGCAUAAUUGAUAUACAUUUCAUGAUAUACUCUAAUAUGCAGUUUUUAGAAAAAAAGGUCAGAAUCAAUGUCUAAGCCCAUAUACUAAAAACCAUCACAUGGGUGCAUUUAAUACUCGAAAAUAAUCAAACAAGUCUAUGAAAAAUAGUCUACUACACGUUAGUGUCAUUUUUAGCCUUUCUUCUGUUUCACUUUUUGGGGGAAAUGAGUGUGGAACAGAUAUAUUCUUGUUCUAAUUUUUGGAACAAAUAUACCCCUAAAGUUUAUGUUGAAGUGCAUAUAUAUCCCUAAAUUUUUAAGAGCAUGUGUUUUUGAGCUAAAAACACUUUGAGUUCUCUCUAAAAUUUCCCGAGUGUUUAGUCCUUGUCUCCGUUCGCUGGAACAGUCGAUUGUGUGUUCAAACAAUUGUUCCCAUAAAGAAGUAAAUUUAUCCAUAUUGACUUUAAAUAGAUAAAGUAAAUUUCAAAAAACACAAAAAAUAUAUUGAAAAUUGGCGGUGUAGCAGUGUCUAGUGGGGGGGUGGGGGGUGAUGAACCAAAUUAUUGCAAGGAAGAGUAUUGGGGGCGAUAAACCAUACAGUCUACGAAAAAGAAAAAAAGAAAGAAAAAGAAAAGAAAAGGAAAAGAAAAUAAAGGUCAUGUGUCGCCACACGUGUAAAUUUAUCUGAUAAUCUGAUAAAAAGACAAUUUGGAUGUUUUUAGUUGGAUUGAAAUUUGGUGGUUUGAUCUGGUUUGGUUUGUUUGAGUCUGAUCUUGUCAGAUGUGGUCUGAACUAAUUUGGUUUGGUCUGAUAAAUGUUUGGUCUAUGUGUAUUUUAUAAUUAUAAAAGUUUACUCUGAUAUGAUCUGAUCUGUUUAAAUUUGAUGUAGUCUGACGUGGUCUGUUUAAGUCUGGUAUGAAAAUAGUCCAAGUAAAAACUUCUACGGUAUAAGCAUUUAUGACACUUUUUGAUAUAUAAAAUGUUAUAUAAAUUAGAAAUUAGUUCAAAUAGGACUAAAACUAUGGCAAAAACCUAAAAUAGGACUUGUUAUGUUUUUAUUCCAAAAUAGGACCAUAUAAGUCCUAUUGGAAACAUACCUAUUUUUGCAUUCCAUUCUUACCCUUCCAUUAAAUAUGAAUUAAAAAUAGUCAAAAGCCAUAAUUAAAUGUUUAAUUCAUAAUAAAUUCGAAAAAAAUUCAAAAAUUCGUAGAAAUAUAAUUAAAAAAUUUAUAAAAUUUUUAUAAAAUAAAAAAUUCAAAAACUUUUUUUUAAAAUAAUUUUAUUUUUAGAAAAAUUAAUAAAAAAUAUUAAAACUCCGUAAAAAAAUUUUAAAAAAAUAUGGAUGUCUUUCCCACCGCCUGUACUACCUCCCAGCACCACCACCUCCGGGCG